GCGUAUUUUUUUUAUUUGCUAUUAAAAUAAAUUUUUUAAACCAAAUAACAAUUUACAAUGACAUCUUUCCCUGUACUGCUUAAUAAAGAGAACAUUGGUGAAUUUCUGGCAUCCAACGAUACAUUUAUGUUUGAUUGUGAUGGAGUUCUUUGGAAACAAAAUAAUAUUGUUCAUUAUGUACCAGAACUCAUCAAACAUCUUCGUCAACUGGGAAAGAGAGUAUUUUUUAUAUCAAACAAUAACACAAAAUCCAGAAGACAGUAUCUUGAAAAGUUUUCUCGUCUAGAGAUUGAAGCAAAAGAGGAUGAAAUUUAUCCAUCUAGUUAUGCGGCUGCAUAUUAUAUCAAGUAUGUCGCAAAAUUGUGUGGUAAGGUGUACGUUCUUGGGGCACCUGGUUUAGUUGAAGAACUGGUGAAUGAAAAUAUCAAACAUAUUGGAUCUGGGCCCGAUGAAAUGAAAGGUUACGAUAUAGACCUUGUUGGCAGUUAUGACUUAGAUCCAGAGGUUAGCUGUGUUCUUCACGGUUUUGACGCCUACUACAGUUACAACAAACUCCAUAAAGCUAUCAACUAUCUGUUGAAAGAUUGUGUUCAUUUUGUUGCCACUAAUAAAGACAUGAUUUUUCCGACUGACAAUGGAUUUGUUGCACCUGGAACUGGUUGCCUAGUAACAGCGACUGAAAUUUCUGCAAAGAGAAAGGCAACUGUAGUUGGAAAACCUGAAACAUUAUUAAUGGAAUGUAUUAAACAUAAACAUGAUAUUGAUCCAGAGAAAACAUGCAUGAUUGGUGAUAAUCUUGAUACAGAUAUUUUAUUUGGUAAUCGUUGUAAUACAACCACACUCUUGGUCCUCACUGGUGUUUCAACAUUAGAUGAUGUUCAACGCGAACAAGAAAACUGUCAGUUUAAAAACAUGAAAUUACCUCAUUUUUACAUCAAGAGUGCUACUCAUUUAUAUGACUUGAUUAAAUAAUCUAGCUACAUAGCUAAAACUGACAAAGACUAAAAAAUAACAAGAAUAUAAUGUAAUAGUUAAGAACUAGAUGAGAUACUGUAUACAAAAAUGCUCUUUCACACAACGAUUAACCCAACAAAAUUACUUAAAUAAUCUAAGUAGCUAGUACUUCAUACAUGGGACUUAUCAAUAAAGAACUUCAUUUUUCA